AUGCAAGAUACAAAUCCUAAUGAAAAGGGUAAUGAAAAUAAUCAAGAAAAUGGUGUUGAUAUAGAUCAAUUACCAUUUGUUGAUUUAACUCCUGGUAAAGAAUCAAAUUUUAAUACAAAUAUCAAAGAGGAAGAAAUAGAUGGAUCUAUUGAUAUUGAGUCUCAGCCAAAGAAAAAAAAAGAUCAACCAACUGUUACAGUCCACAAUUUUUAUACAAGGGAAUAUAUGGAACUUGCUCAUAACGCUAUAUAUACAGAUAUUAUGAAAGUAGUAGAAAGGUUUUCAAAUGAAGCAUUAGAACAUAUUUCUUAUCAGUCAUUUAAAGAAAUAUGGAGAGAAUUAGGUAUGAACAAAGAAUUAUUAUUAGAAUCAUUAACAAAUGAUAAAGUUGAGAGUAUUUUUAAUACAUUCUAUGAAACAUGUUUAGAAAUAUUUGACUCAUGCAAACAACUUAAUCAGAAGUUAAUUAUUCUUUUUAUUUUAUAUACUGUUUAUAUGACACAACCAAAAGACAAAUCACCAAUUCCUAUUCGUCUUCCAUAUUCUAUGGCAAUCAAACUCUUUCCCUUACCAACAGAAUUACAUAAUAAACAAGGUCAAGCAAUGGUUUAUUCAUUAAUUCAAAAUAGAGCAUUCAUUUACUCUGCUAAAAAUUCACUAUAUACACAACGUACUUCUUUUGACAGACAACAAAUGGAUCAAGCACAUGGACUUUUUGAAGAAAGAGGAUAUGACAUUUUAUUAAACAGUGAAAUAGAGAAUUAUAAUGAUGUACUAAGUUCUAUUCAAGAAAGUGUUGGUAUUGAACGUGGUGUUUCUAGGUCUUUUAUUUCUCAAUUUAAUUCUGUUAUAAAGAAUAUCCCACAAAGAGGAUAUGGUUAUGGAGAAGGAAGUUUAUUUCCAAGUGAAGAAGAAAAAGAAAGUGUAAGUACUAAUUCUUAUUCCAAAAUGGAACAAAAAGAAUAA